CACUGACCACUGACACUCAGGUCAGGAGAGACAACUUCAAGUCUCAAAUCUCCAGAAGGGAAAUAUAGUCUCUUUGACACAAGCAGAAGAAGAUAAAUAGUACUAUCCUUGCAAAUAUCCCCAAAUCUGAGGAUCAUCUGCUUAAAUCUUGUUUAAAAAAUCUCCAAAAUGUGGCUUCAGGUGUCUCUUCUGGGUCUUUUCUGCUUCACCUUAACCAGCUCAAGCCAAACUGAAAACCAAGCCUCCUUCAGCCGCUCAACUGACCAGACCGGACGCUGCCACUACACCUUCACCGUGGCCAGUCCAGAGGAGUCCAGCUGCCCCGGAGGUGCCAGAAAACCAGAGAUAGAUGGAGUCCUGUCCCGGCUUACCGUGCUGGAGGCUCUGGUUAGCAGGCUUUUAGCAGGAGAGGAUAGUAAAAGUGAGGAGGGUCUGCAGGAAGCGUACGCACAGGUUACAGGGGAGAGAAACCAGCUGCAGGAGGAGAAGGAACGUCUCAACAGGCAGGUCCAGGAGCUUCAGAGGAGGGUGUCCGAGAUGAGUCAGGAGGCAGAGGUCCUCAGGCAGAAACCCUGUCAGCAGAUCCCAGGAGGGGCUCAACAUGAAAACAACCAGAGACCUGCCAGUGCUCUCCCAGACCCUGCAUAUAGCAAUGGUGCAUACCAGGAGAUGAAGGCAGAAGUGACAGAGGUUCCAGCAUCCCGCCUCCUUCCUGAGGGAAACCACAGCAUUACAGGCUGUGGUGAGCUGCAGUUUGUGGGAGACCCCGUGUUGCACAGAAAAGCUGACAGUAUUACAGGGAAGUAUGGAGUGUGGCUGCAGGAUCCUGAACCUGAAGGCUCUCAUUACACCAACAACACCGUGUGGCGGAUCGACGCAGUGGGAAAAGACGUUCGGCAGGUCUUUGCGUAUGAAGACAUCAAUCAGUUCUCUCGUGGGUUCCCUAUGAAGGUCCUGGUUUUGCCCGAGCCCAUAGAGAGCACAGGGGCAACGGUUUACAGAGGGUCCCUGUACUACCAGCGUAGACGUAGCCGUACACUGAUCCGUUAUGAUCUGGUGUCUGAGAGCCUGGCAUCACGCCUGGAUCUGCCUCACGCUGGCUUCCACGGGCAGUACCCUUACUCCUGGGGUGGUUACACUGACGUCGACCUGGCAGUGGAUGAGCAGGGCUUGUGGGCCAUCUACAGUACAAACAAGGCCAAAGGUGCAAUUGUAAUCUCCCAGCUGGAUCCCAAGAGCCUGGAGGUGAAGAAGAGCUGGGAGACCAACAUCAGGAAGAACACAGUGGCGAAUGCUUUCAUGGUGUGUGGUCGUCUGUACACGGUGUCCAGCUACACGGCACCCAACACCACCAUUAACUACAUGUUUGACACUGCGACCGGUGUGGGGCGGGCUGUCGCUAUUCCCUUCAAGAACAAGUAUCGUUACAACAGCAUGGUAGACUACAACCACGUCCAGAGGAAGCUGUUCGCCUGGGACAACUUCCAUAUGGUCACCUAUGAUGUCAAACUGGGCCGGGUCAGCAGCUGAAGGAGACGUUCAAGGACUUACAGUGUAUCGGACUGUGCUGAUGCAAGAGCAAAUGAAUACCAACGAACACAUAAUCCUUUGAAUUAGUCUCUGAACUGAGCUUGGUUUUUUUUUUUUUUUUGCAUGUUUUUGCAUCACAAAAAUGUUUUCUAUGACUUCUGUAAAUAAGAUGUACUAUGUUAACGCAGAAAUAUCCAUAUAUCAGAUUAAUGUGGCUGUUAGAUACACAUUUCAGAAUCAUUAUGUUGAUUAAAGUUGUGUUUGUGUUUAUAAAUGUUUGUGUUAUUUAAUUUGCCAAUAAAAAAAUGAGAAA